GGUCGGUCCAAAGCUACCGUGGUGGGGCUGGCGUGGACGGUUCGGCCUUGAAUGUGGGGCGCAUACAACCGGCUAUCUUCGGCCUUUAUCGUGGCCCUCCCCUCCCAUCGAGGUGCGGAAUUGGCAAGUCUCGGGAAAGCUCCUUCCCCAGUUUGUAAAACCGAAGGCAAUGACGGCAGCAGGAUGGAUCUCUUAUUACUUCCCUCCCCCCUGUGCCGCCCGAAUCUCACAUUGUGGCCGUGUGAUUCCCCAACUUGACGUCGUCGACCGGUUCAACCACGACCGAACAAGAACAAAAACAAAAACACAAACACAAACACGAGCACGAACAAGAACAACAACCACAACGACCGUGCCUCUGCGUAUCUUCCUCUAGCUUGGAGCUACCGUCACGAUGCCCGUCACUAAGUUCGAGUUGGAGGAAAAGUACCAAUAUCAAAAUGGUUUCGACUCCUACUUUGAGUCCGAAGCUGUCCCCGGCGCUCUCCCCGUCGGUCAGAACUCUCCACAAAAGCCCCCACUAGGCCUCUACGCCGAGAAGCUCUCAGGCACCGCCUUUACCGCACCCCGCCACGAGAACAAGCAGACGUGGCUCUACCGCAUCCUGCCCGCCUGCUCCCACCCACCCUUCGCCCCGGCCCCGGCCCCGAACGAGUCCCUCGGCCUCGGCGGCGAGCCCUUCCGCAACAUGCACUACAUCCCCAACCAGCUACGUUGGGACCCUUUCGACCACGACCCCGAGGCCGACUUCGUCUCGGGCCUACACCUGGUAGCCGGCGCCGGCGACCCCGCCCUCAAGCAGGGCUGCGCCAUGUACGUCUACGCCGCCGGCCGCUCCAUGGACGACCGCGCCGCUUUCUACUCGGCCGACGGCGACCUGCUGCUCGUCCCGCAGGAGGGCGCCCUCGACAUCCGCACCGAGCUCGGCCGCCUGCUGGUGCGGCCCAUGGAGAUCUGCGUCAUCCCGCGCGGCGUGCGCUACCAGGUGCGGCUGGCCGCCGGCGACGGCUCCCCCGCGAGGGGCUACGCGCUCGAGCUGUUCCAGGGCCGCUUCGUGCUGCCCGAGCUGGGGCCCAUCGGGUCCAACGGGCUGGCCAACGCGCGGGACUUCCAGGCGCCCGUGGCGAGCUUCGACGAGGACUGCGGCGCCACGGCCUCGGACGGGCCCCACGAGUUCGUCGUCACGGCCAAGUUCAACAACGCCCUGUACCGCACCGCCCAGCGGCACACCCCCUUCGACGUGGUCGCCUGGCACGGCAACUACUACCCGUACAAGUACGACCUCGGCCGCUUCAACACGGUCGGCUCCAUCUCGUUCGACCACCCGGACCCGAGCAUCUUCACGGUGCUGUCGGCGCCGUCGGAGCGGGCCGGGACGUCGGUGGCCGACUUUGUCGUCUUCCCGCCGCGCUGGCUCGUCGGCGAGGACACCUUCCGCCCGCCCUGGUACCACCGCAACACCAUGAGCGAGUUCAUGGGCCUGAUCCGCGGCGGCUACGACGCCAAGAAGGGCGGCCGCGGCGGCUUCGUCCCGGGCGGCGCCAGCCUGCACAACGUCAUGAGCGGCCACGGGCCCGACGCCGACAGCUACGAGGGCGCCCGCAACGCCGACUUGCAGCCCGCCAAGGUCGGCGCCGGGAGCUGCGCCUUUAUGUUUGAGAGCUGUCUGAUGGUUGGCGUGACGGAUUGGGGGCUGAAGACCUGCCAGAAGGUGCAGGCUGCGUAUUCGGACCACAGCUGGGGCGGUGUCAAGGUGCAUUGGAAGAAGACGGCUGGGGCUGGGGGUGCGUAACUGGGGCGGGCAGGGAGCCCCUCUCGUUGACUGUAAGGAUAUCAAUUAGCAGUAACAUCUCAGCACAGCAUAGCCGUUUGGUUCAACAUUAUGGGUAUUUUCUUCCACAGCUCAGCUCAACAGU